UGCGCACAAGCCACACAUCUCUCUCUCUAUGUAAAGGUCCUGCCUCUCCUGCCUACUCCUCACAUGCAGCUUUGCAGCCUCAGCCGCAACUGAACGUUUUUUAACCUGAUCUGCCCCAGGAUGUGGCUUCUGGGGUGACGUCGGGCCCAGAUGUUCUCCCCAGACCACGCCCACACCCGGGAUUGAAACACCCUCAGAGCAGCAAUAACGGGCAAAGCUUGUUGUAUUGUCACAAUGCAAGGGAAGGGGUAGACCAGCGGCAUAUUUUUUUUUUUUUAAUGUUUAUUAUUUGGCAUCCUUCAAAAAAAAAAUCAGUUUUUGAAGCCGAUGAAGCCGCAGCUUCCUGAGCUGGGAUUUCCUCUCUUUCCUUUCACUGGACUUCAAAUGCAUUCACUUUUUAAUGACCGGCCGGGUGGGAUCUUCCUGGACGAAGUGCAGUUUUGGUAAAGCGACAAACCCAGCACUCACAGUUCGCAGCGUACCCAGAGAGAGAAGACCCAUCCCCCACCCCCUCCGCCCACCAGCUUGGAUAUAUAGAGAUAUAUUUAUAUAUUUUUUUUAUGCAAAGAGAGAAAAAGUGCAAUUCGAGAUUAAAACAAACAAUUUCUCUGUAAAAUGGCAGCCGCCGCCUAUGUGGAUCAUUUUGCAGCCGAGUGCCUUGUUUCCAUGUCCAAUCGAGCGAUUGUCCAUAGCCCCAAAGAGGACCCCGACACUUCACUCGAAGGCACAACAGCCCCUCUUUUUCCGAACGCUGAAGAGAGGCGAGAAAGCAGAGAGACCGGCAAGGACAACGCCUCUUUGAUCGUGGUGGCCAGGAUUUUAGCUGAUCUCAACCAACACGUCCCAGCUCCAGCCCCGCCGACGGAGAGGAGGGAAACUGUCUCCAAAAAGGAGAAAUUACCUAGCCGCCUCUCUCCGUCGGGGGAGCCGGCUCAGGAAGCCGCCUCCCCGGACCGCCGAUGGAGUGGAGAAGCGGCCACACCUACUAGUCCAGCAGGGAGCGAGCCCAGCCUCAAACAAAGGAGCAGACGGGGGAGAAGCCGAGCUGACCCCGAGUCACCUCAGAAAAAGCACAGAUGCCACUACGCGGGCUGCGAAAAAGUUUAUGGCAAAUCUUCCCACCUCAAAGCUCACCUAAGGACUCAUACAGGCGAGAGACCCUUUGCCUGCAGCUGGCAGGAUUGCAGUAAGAAAUUUGCCCGGUCCGACGAGCUCGCCCGGCACUACCGCACCCACACAGGGGAGAAGAAAUUCAGCUGCCCCAUCUGCGAGAAGCGUUUCAUGCGCAGUGACCAUCUGACCAAACACGCCCGUCGCCACGCCAACUUCCACCCCAGCAUGCUCCAGCGGCGAAGCGGGAGCAGCUCCCGGACGGGCUCGGUCAGUGACUACAGCCGCUCGGACGCCAGCAGCCCCACCAUCAGCCCCGCCAGCUCGCCCUGAUCUCCCUGGCCUGGGCAGCAGCAAAACCUUCCAUGCACUCUGUGGAGUCUGACUUGUGUCGCACACGUCUUCGGAUCUCUCUUGCUUGUUGAUGCUGUUUAAUUUUUUUGGGGGGGGUGGGUGGGGGGGAUAGUUCAGUUAUAGCUUGCAGUCUCGGCAAAUACUUGUCACCAAUUCCUGUGGGUGGCUGAACUAACCUUACCAAUGGACGGAUUGAAUUCAUUUCCUGUACCUAAAUAUUCCUUUUGUUUUAUAGCCAUAUGCUUCUUGUUAACCUAUAUUUUUUUUAAGAGAAAAAACAUUUUUUAAAAGCCAACAACAAAACUUUUCUUCACCUCAGGUGUCAAAGCAGAUUUGUUAAAAAAAAAAAAAAAAGAAAGAAAGAAAGAAAGAAAGAAAGAAAAGAAAAAAGAAAGAAAAGAAAAGAGAAGAACAAGAAAGAAAUUUUAAAAAAAGAAAAAAAAUUUAAAAUAAAAAAAAAUUUAAAAACCACAAAUUGCACAAUAGAAAAAAAAAAAACUAUGUGAUUAAAAUUCAACUAAGUUGAACUCUCCCCCAUCCCCCACCCCUUCCCCUUUCUCAGGGAUGGAUAUUUAUGUUACACAAUAAGUACAGUGAAGACACACCCUUACUGCAGCCUUACUCUGUAAAUAGAUUUGCACUCAGAAGUUUUCUGUUAGAUUCUUUCACACACUGGGGAAAAAGACAGACAAUGAUGAUGAUGAUGAUGAUGAUGAUGAUGAUGAUGAUAAUAAAAGAAACAAGGACUGGAAGCUAGUGCUUGACUGGUCAGUUUCAUAAUGAAGUGCGUUCUUUGGGUUUGUGUUAACACCCCGCAGGCCCAAACUCAGGGGUCUGUGAGCUGUGGCUUGUGAGGAAAGUGCUUCUCUGGUCUUGCUUCCGGUUCUCCCUGCCCCUCCUCACUUCCUCCCUACUUCCACUCCCUUACCCUUACUCCCAACCACCUGCCCAUUGCUUCUGAGUGCCGGGUCUGUAACCCUGCUUAUUUCUUCAAGAUGGGAUCUCACUUCCAGCUCCAAGAAACAAAAAACCCAAAGUCUCCCCAUUCAAGGCCCAAAUUGAAGGCUCUUAAGCCUUGCAGAGAUUCCCCCAAAUUUAUGCCUUAAGCCUGAUUGGCAAAGAGAAAGAAAGCUUUGGCUAUGCUAAGGCCCCACUGCUUCUGAGAGCUGUCAGCCUCCCCUUCUGUCGUUAUUCUUGUCCCCAGGGACCCUUUAGCUAUAAGCAUUCUCUCUCCACUGAAUUAGCAGGAAGUUUUAAAAGCUCUGUCACUGAGACUGACUUUCCCCUUUUCUGAAGUGCUGAGGAAGCAGAGUGUGGAAGGAGUCCUAUGCUGGCCAGUCUUCCCUGCCCCCACAUCAAUUCUUAAAGGUACUUACCUACUGCACCCAUGAAAGCCAUUGAGAUAGCGAACUUGCACAACACAGGAAGUUCCUCUACCCCCUUGCAACAUAAUUGUGGUGAAUGGUAAAAGCAAAAGGAACUUUUUAUUAUAACAUGUACUCUGACUGGAAAAAUAAAACAUAGCUAUUUUUUAAGCAUCAGAAAGUGUUAUUAGCUCAUCCAUGGUUCAAAAAACUCCACUGCUUCCUAAAGUAGCCCCAUGGCUGCUGCUAAGACAUCUUCCAUGUAAGAAAAAGGGAAUUUGAAGGAGGACGUUUUAACUCUUGGACAUUUUUUCGGGUGUGUGGGUAGCCUGUGUGCCGUGUGUAUGUAUGUAGAACACACAUACAUAACCAUGCACAAUAUGCUGCACAAAUUGUAAUCUAUCUCAAGAAACUAGAACAUUGUGACUUGGAGAAAUUCUUUCAUGGGUAAAGUGUACUGGCCUAUCAAAAAUGCUGGCAGAACAUGCUGCAAACCCUGUCCCCUCCUCCAACUUCUUCCCAUCAGGAAGAGUGUAAAACAUUACAGGGAUUUUUCUCCCUUGACCCAAGCUGCCUCUAUGGGUAGGGGAGGGGAGAAAAGAGGAUCCAUCCUCAUAUCCUUUUCCCACACUCAGUCAAGCUGACUCAGAAUUGAUUUUUGGUGACCAUCUCCACAUCCCUUUUCUUAACCAUGUUCCCUGCUCUCAGAACCUCUUCUUUCCUUCUUCCCUGCUCCAGGACAAAUGAUUCUUCAACAGUUACACCUAGUAUUGUAGAAACCUUGACUUCUGCUAUUUUUUGGAAUACACUUUAAAUGUAAUGGCCUGAAUUAUCAAGAAGUCCUUUUGAUUCACUUUGGUUAGUUCAGAGUGAGUUUUUUGAAGUGGGGGGGGUCCUUUAGACCUCUAUUUUGCAUUUUUAUCUCAUAAUACUGUAAGAAUGGAAACGUCAGAGAGUACAGCAUAGCAAAGAAAUUUUACACACAUAUAGUACCUUGAUCUGCUGUUUGUCAUCAAGCGAAUGCCUCCACAUUCCAAAGGAGUUUCAAUUCCUCUCUCAUUUUGCUGCUUUGCAUUGUUCCAAUUUGCCAGUUUCUAAUUUUGUACUGUAUGUUAACUGUGAUAGGCUAAUAAUAUGGUAGAGGUUUCUAAGUAGCAUAAUAGGUACUUGCAUUUAACAGUUGUGUUGCUCAUGAUGUCUUGCACUGUUUCAGUUGUGUGGUGGGUGGCUACUUAAGCCCAGGUUAAAGCAUAGCUGUUCCAGUCUUUAAAUAUGUGUGUGCACACACAUAUACACAUAUAUGCACAUACAUGUGUAUUAGUAUUAUAUAUACUUACAUACUGUGUGUUCAUAUGUACAUAUCGAUCAUCACCUGGCUUCACUUUAAUUUAAUUAUUCUCAUUCAUUUAGACUGGACCUUUUGGUGGAAAAUAAAGGUCCAGGAAGAGAAGGAAUAUAAUGUAUUUAUAGAAUAAUAGGAAAAGGCUAACUUGGGGAAUUAUGGUGUAUUCUACCCAACUGGUUGUCUCAAAGGGUAUGGCUGGAUGGCCCUGACUGCCAAAUUUAUCAUGUUUUCCAAAGUUGUUGCUAUGCUUUUCAGAGAAAAUGGGUGUUUUGUAUAUAUUUCAAAUAUUAGGAAUUCACAUUCCAGGCUUAGGGAAACUUAUCCCAAAGUCUUUUGGCAUUGUGGUCACUGAAUGACCUCAUAUGCAAGUGGAGAAGGAGAAGGAGAUGGAUGCUUCAGGUAUUUUUGGUUUAGUUUUUUUCUGUGUCAAGUGCACAUGUUUCUAAAGCCAUUCACAGAGGGGCCCAUAAGCAAUUUUUCUAGUUAUGGUGUGAUUGCUGAAACGCAUUUUCAGAUCCCACAUUUUGCACAUAUAGAAAAAUAAUAAAGGGAAUUCUUAAAAUAAUGAACUUGUUUCAUUAGUGGAAUAAGGGAUAGGAGACGGAGAAGAGAAGAAAAGUUUGCAAUUCCCAAAGAAAGCACUUUGUUUCAUUUAAAUUUCAUUGUAGGACCUGAAUUUUUGGCCAUUCUGUCCACUAGAUGGAAGGGCAAUUUUGCCUUAAUAAAGGAUUCUACUGUAUCAUGGAAAUCUGAACACGAUGAUGUGGUAUUGGUCAUUUCAAGGAAUCCAGUAUUGUUUUCAUUCUUAAAGUGGUUUUGAUUCCAUUUGAUGAAAUAAAAUGGGGGUAGUGCCUAGAAGUGAGCAAUCAGGCUAUUAUCCAUGUCUGAGACAUGAUGAUGGAACUACUGUUUGCUGAUGGGUUGCAGGACCUAAGUUACAUUUUGUCACCUGAACCUUUGUUGAAUUUAAAUUUUGUCCCAUUAGCUAGAUUUGGGGUAUGUGCAAAUAGAAUUCUCCCAUCACAGGGAGAUCUACUUCAUUAGAAGUAGAAUUCAGAAGGCAAUUUGUGUGGCCUGUAGUAUAUCUUUAACAAAAAGGAAUGCAAUUAAAAAAAACUUAGAAAGCCUUAUUAACUCAGACCUCAGUUGGAAAAAAGAGCAAGCCUUUGUUUAUACAUUAGAAAAUGCACCUGAAAUAAAUAGCAUUUUUUUUUUCUGGUUCAGAAUAUGUCUUCCAGACAUUUGGGACUCUUUCACUUAUUUUGUGUUUAGGAGCCAUCUCAGAUGUCUGUGGGUCUGGAUGUUUAAAGUGGACAUUUGAAAACUGUAAAAAAAAAAUGAGAGGAGAUUUCAAAAGGCAAGGAGGAAUGAUGAAUUUAAAGGGAACUUGCCCCACAACUAUCUCAGCUGACUUUUCCUGGACCAAAGUGGUGCUGACCCAUAUCUAAAUAUUUUUCAAACUACCCUUCCAAAACUUUGAAAACUCACCUCAUAUGCCUAGACACACCCUAUAGAAAAAUUUGUUUUAGUUUCUGGGAAAACUGGGUCUAAUUCCCUGAAUGUUUUCUGAAUCCUAAAUAGCCAUAAAGAUUAAAAACAUGGAUGGACACAAUCAGCUUUAUAAAGGGCUUUGAGGUCUUCUUUUGGAAAGGUGCUAAUAAAUUCAAAACAUCAGAUUACUUCAACAUAUAGUCUCUAUUAUGUUAAUCUUAACCUCCCAGAGCGGAGUGAUUUUAAGUUUCCCAACAAUUUAGGGACAGAUACCAUAUUUUGAUAUAUUGCUCUCCUAUGUGGAUCUUGCUACCCAAUACAUUAAAAGUUUGAUCCCCUCUCCACUUCUUAGGAAAAAUCUCUUGUCUAGUAAGCAGGGACAAUGUGGUUUUGUAGCUUUAAGACUCCAUUAACAUAUUGAUUUGUGUCAUUUCAUCAGUGAAACUAAGGCUGGAGUUUGAAGUUAUGUAGUGUGGCAGGGAAUUAAUGAUAUAAUUCAGAAUGGCUUUUCCCUGCUCUUUAGCCCAAAGCAGGAGGUAAGCAUCGCUGCUGAAUACUAUCCACUAAAACAAACCCUUCAUCUACAAUAUUAAUAACUACAACAAUUCAUUCCAGCUAUUAUAGCCGUAGAGUCACAAGGGUAGGGUAACACAUUUUGUGACUUCUCAUUGAUAGAACUUUGAAGGACUACUAGCCAAUUUUUGCUGUGCUAGAGCUACAAAUUCACAAUUAAUCAGUUUGGUUGAUUUGUUUCCAUGGAAUUCAGGCAUUUCUCCCAAAAAGUCAAGAUAAAAGCUUUUAUUUCUUGAUUACAUUACAACCAACGAGGUUGUAGAAAAAUGAUAGAGAAGAGAUGACAGAUCAAUGAUAUCAAAUUCAAAUAGAAAAGAAGGGGAUGACUAAACUGUACAUAAAGAUCCAGGGGGUGUUGUGUUGGUUUAAAAAAAUCACAUAUUAACAUUAUCUAUGUUCUAUUGUAUUUUUAUUUAUUUUGUUAAAUAUUUCCCAAUUACAUUUUAAUCUGGUACAGCACUGGGCUGCAUAUUUGACACCUCUAACUUAGAUCAUCCUUUUUUUUUAUUAUCCAAAGAUUUAAACCAUACAUAUGUAUGUAUAUACAUUGUGUAUAUAGCAUAUGUACAUAUGUACAUAUAUACAUAAAUAUAUAUAUAUAUAUAUAUAUAUAUUGAUAUGAAUAGUUUUCCUGACACUGGGACCCACUGACACUGGAUUUUAGUGGCAUGUCCUAGAGACAUUUGGGUGGAUUUCUCACUUGGUUUCUGUUAGAAGUCCAACCUAUUAUAUUGAUGGGCAACAUAACCUAAUUGAGAGAGAUAUUUAUUUUGUGGAGUAGAAACUGAGGUUUCUUAGAUGAUUUACUUUCUUAUUUUUAUUUCCCAUGUUAUUAUAAAGAAUUUUAUUUGACAGAAAAUUUGAAUCUUGGGUUCAUUGAAGUUAGAAAUGCAGAUUGUAUAGAUAUCACAUCCCAAAUUAUCAGCCCAUAUUACUGUGUUUUCUCCAAUUUGUCUUUAAAUUUUUUAAAUUAAAAUUUAAAAAAAUUAAGAUACCCUUCUCCACCUCUCGUUGUAGAAAGUAAUCUGUAUAGUGAAUAGCUUUCUCAUCCCAUGUGCUCCCACUUCUUUCAUUUCCAUUUCAUCUUGGAGAUGUUAAUGUCAGGAAAACAAAAAAAACAAUGGUAAGAACUCUGCUUUCUUAUUUGGAAAUAAAAUUUGCUAGAUCAAUUCUUAAGACUUUAAAUCUUGCCUAUUAAAAUUUGUCCCUUUCUGCUCAGAACCUGAGAGACUUAUUAGUCAACUUGCCCUUGAUCUAGAUUUUCAUCCCAUAUUAUUCUACAAAAUUAAGUGAAUGGGAUAAUUUCCCCAUGGCAUGGCACAGGCUAAGACUCUAGCUGGAGUGAGGAUGGGAGGAACUGACAUCUAAAAUUUUGCUUUAUUUGAUGCUUUGGAUUUUCCUGGCUUUCAGUCACUGCCACCUUGUACAGUCAAAAAAUGUAAGGACGCCAAGGAUUUUGUGGGAUCAGGAACAAAGGUUGAAGGAUUGUAUUUUAAUGUGUGACAGAGAAGAAAGAAUUUUCUUUCCAUUACCACCCAUGAUUUUGUAAAAUAAUUUGAAAUAGAGGUUCCUAGUCUCAUAGGGUAGAACAAUCAGGAGACAGUCUUUUUAUUAAACAACUUAUACUUCGUUUUGCAUUUGGGGGUGGGGGGAGUCACAUCUUGAUCUGUGAGUGUACAGAUAGCCUUAUUCAUGUAUAUAUAUGCACAGGGACUAGGGGAUAAAUCACCUCCAGAUCCCCGCAUACAGAAAUCCUAUCCUUUCCUUUUUGAUGACAUCUUUAAGGAAACUAUUUGCAAGUAGUCAAGGGCAAAUCUAAAGGUCCUAGACCAUUUCCAUAAAGCACACAUUUUCAUUUUCUGUCUGAUCUUAAAAAAAAAUCAGCAACACACCAAUGCUUCCAAAGGUCCCUCAUCAACUUUCUAAAUCACUACAUUAAAGUAUUACAAUUGUACAGUUCCAUACUGGUCUACAUGUGCUCUGCUGUAACUUUCUAUGUAUUUUGUAUCGCAUAGAUUAUAUAUUGUAAUGAUGUCCUAUGCAAAAAGAGAAAUUAACAGAAUUGUAAAAUAUAUUGUCUUAACUUGUUAUGCAUGUUUAGUGAUGUUUACAUUUUGAAAUAAAAAUUUAUAAUGAAUUAUCA